AUGGCUGAGGAUUCAGCUCUGCGAUCGCGAAGUCAAACCGAUGGGGAGCUUGACGACAACAUUGUCCUCAGGAAUGACUUUGAAACCGAUUUCUCGGGCACCGACAGGGCCAGCUCCUCGGAAACGGGACAAUCUCCACCUGAUGAGGAAACCACCAUAUUACGACCAAUUUUCCUGAACAUAUCAUCAUCGCUUGUAAACUCGAAUCGAGGAGCGGCUUCGAGUACAAUUCGCCUUGGUGUUGAUGGGAGCAACCCCACAGAAGCCCUCCUGUCCGGUACCACCAUCGAUGCUUCUUCCGAUGUGUACGCCACCUUGGAAGACUUUGAGGAAGAGGCAGAUGAUGAGCCUAUGUUCCUCACUACCCAGCCGUGGGUUUCUGUCGAUCUUCCAGAUUCCAUCUACUCUUCUGCCCUACCACUUACCAGGGGAGGAAGGAGUCGUCCACUCUGGCAUCUUCUCCAGUCUCGUGGUGGACGGAGUCCUCAGGAGUCUGGACGAAGGUUUCAUGUACCGGGAAUUGAAGAUACUAGAAGGCUUUCCAGCAGAACGAGGAUUGAAGAGGAAGCGGAAGCUGUGGUGGUGGACGAUGGCUAUCAAGAACUGAUUUCGGAUAUGAAUACUGGAGCCAACAGCAGCGAACCUGAGGAGUUCGACAAUACCUUCCAGGCGGUGGACUGGAGAAGCAGCUGCAAGGGUAUUCAGGAUCGUCUACAAAACGUGCUCAACAGUGAACGAUUUGCGGACGUCUACUUUUACAUUGGCGGAGGAAAUGAAAGCCGUACGGACGGUGGCAUCACCAGGUCCGCGAGUGUGCUCUCGUCCAAGCCGCCUGUGGGUCCGACACCACGUCGUUCGACCUCUUCAGCAGUGCGUAAACAGAAUUCAGAGCAACAGCGAAGGAUCACGUCUGCCAUAGCUCGAGCAUCAGGCAACACAUCGCGUCGACAGGCAUCUCCGUCAGGUUAUCAGUCACCGGAAGAAAACAGCACCGCAGCCGAGAAGGCAAAAAAACUCACCGAGAUGCUGCUUGCUUUACGCACCACCGACCCAGGUUCUGAUUGUUCUGCGACAUCUUCAACCACUACUACUCCUCUCUCCUCCUCCCCCUCUGACUUUCCUUACCUUGCUGAAAUGACCAAUACGGCGAUCAUGUGUCAGCUUUCAGAUAUUUCUGACAUCGAUAUGCUGCCAAGCGAAAGAGGACCAACAGGGGACCCCCAAUUAAAACAAAAUGUUCAACCACCAAGUCCGGAUUCUUCAGUGACGGCGACCACACUCCACGCAGAGUCCGAUGUGAAGCGGUUUGGCGUGCAUCGACUGGUCCUGGCUACAGCCUCUCCGGUCUUCGAAGCCAUGUUUUUCGGUGCGUUUGCGGAGGGCACAAAGGAUGUAAAGGGACAGAAAAUGUUGCCUUCUACAUCUGCUGAAGUGCAGGAAAUUCAUGUGACAGACGUCACUGCAGAGGCCUUUCAGCAGUGUCUUCGCUACAUUUACUAUGAUAACAUGACGCUGACAGAUUCAGUCGAAGAACUCUACGACAUACUCUACGCUGCCAAGAAAUACCUUCUUACUCCUCUUGCCACUGCCUGCACCAAUCGUCUUGUUAAACUGAUGGCUCCGCAAAAUGUCCUACUUCAACUGAAUCGGUGUUCUGCCAUGGACGAAGAGGACCUCAUAGGUGUUUGCUGGCACACAAUCGAUGUUCUCACACCAGACGUGCUGAUCUCUGACCACUUCCCCGAAUUGGAGCGCAACACGCUACUGAAAUUAAUCAGUAGGGAGUCUCUCUACUGCGAGGAGUGGGAGAUUUUCGAGGCCCUGAUGCGUUGGUGCAAACUCGAAUGCGCGCGUAAGGGCUCGAAUCCAAGCCCCAACAACGUUGCCACAAUGAUGCGAGAAUUUUUGCCCCACAUUCGAUUCACCACAAUGUCGCUCGAGGACUUUAUUUUCCAUGUCUCGAAAUCAAAUAUUCUAAGCCUGGAAGUGCAACACAACAUUCUGCUCCAAAUCGCCACCAAAAUGUUCACCAAGAACGAAACUUCGAAGGAGACAACGGACUCAUCCGAGAAAGAGGAAGUCGAGUUCCUGGAGAGCAACGGCUCUUCCCCGAAACGCCGUGGCCCUUUGCUCCACAAAUGUCGACGAUUUCUCCAGUCUAUAACUCCGCCAUCCAAGGAGGCGUACUGGUCCGACGCGGAAUGCAUCAUCUUCCAGGUCUCAAAACCAGUGUUUCUUGCUGGAGUUGGCGUCUUCGGUCCUAUGAACAAGGACACGCAUUUGAAGGUAAAGAUCGACUUGAAGCAGUGCACCCUCAGCCAAAGCAAGACAAGCUCCGGCUCGGGGACGACAUUUCGAAGCACAGGGGUGUCCACGCUCAGCAGUAGCGGUCAUCGUCACAACCACGGCCAAAGGCACGUGGGCAUCCAGUCGCAGUCUCACCUCCGCACCAACGGCGAUGGUAGUCGACGGAGGGGACAUGGAUCUUCUGGACGAACCCUAUCGGAUGGCCGAACGAGAUCUUCCAAUUCACCGUCUGCUUCAACACCGACAACAUCGAGAACGCUCUUCAAAUCUGCAAAGACGCGCAGCGGCACACUAAGCUCGGUCGAAAUCACCCUUAAUUGCAACAGUCCCACGAACCGGAUUAUUGAGGCCCGAUUCCCCAGGCCAGUCAAGCUUUCUCCUGAUAAGCACUACAUGAUAACGGUGAAACCGGAGGACGGUAGGAGCACGCGUUGCUACCUUGGAGCUACGGCGUCCCGUUCAGAGGUGCUGACUCGAACGCUGAUCCCCAGACCGGACGACAAAGCUCCACAGGGUGAGUCCGUUGCCAGGGCAUCGCCACGGCACGGGAGGGUCAAGUUCACGUUCGCCUACAACGAGAAGCACGCCGGCUUCCUGAGCGAGGCUUUCCACGUCCCAGAGCUACUCUUCUUCCCUGCUUCUUAG